CGCAAACAGUUAUCAGUUAUUUAUGGAAUUUUUGGAUUAUUAAUUAGUAAUGUGUUAUGUGUUCAGUGUUAACAAGUUCACCCUUUUAUCAGUCCUUGAUCUUUCUUCCAGCGAUAACGCAAUUUUAAUUUAAUCGAGGAGGAAUUGGAAUAAUAAUCGCUUCAAUAUUGUUGUGUGUUAUGUAGUACACAGCAGUUUGUAGUUAUAAGAUUAAGUUAGUUUCACAGUUACUGCGAUCUAGAUAAUAAAGAAAAUGUACGCGUUACAACAUAAGCCCGAGAAAGAGUGCAUUCACUCGGGACAUUUCAUGGUGUCCACCUUUGAAGCCGAAGAACAGGACGAUGAGGACAAUGUGGCUGUUCCGAUACCCGAGAACACAUCGGAUACGGUUUCAGUUCCUUUACCACUAGUUUCUUCAGAGUCUAGCAGAAACGAGGUUAUAUCGAAGGAUCAUCCUAGGAACCAGCAGUUAUCUAUCGAUACUAGCUUAUCGAAGCUUUUCCGAGCCAUGUCUUUGGCAUACAGACAGAAAUUAACAUCACCAAAAUGGAAUCGAUUUCGGGGCAUAAGACUGAGGUGGAAGGAUAAGAUCCGCCUGAAUAACGUUAUUUGGAGAUGUUGGCAUUUGCAAUUUAUUAAAAAAGAAAACACAUUGAUUUGCCAAUUUGCUUCGCCCUUAGAUGUGGAUACACAUAAUAAGCCAGAGGCUGUCGUUUUGGAAGGAAAAUAUUGGAAAAGAAAAUUGGCCGCUGUCACAGCUGAGUACAAAAGAUGGCGAAUGUUCUACAGAAACAAUCUUCUCGGUCACAACAGGGAUUGUGCGGAUCAGUUGCUGGAUUUGGAUUUGAUAGGAUGGGAAUCGGGUAGCUCUGAAAACAUCGACAAUAUAAUGAUGGUAGAUGAGGACUACAUGGGUUUGAUGAGCGAUACAUUGUUUUCUACUAUUACAAAUCAACCCUUCGUUUUCCCAGAUUCUAGAGAAAUCGCUAAGGCCGGUUUAGCCGACUUUAUCCAGCCCAGUUUGGGGCCCCUGCAACCCAAUCUCGAGGAUUACAUGGACAUAGAUCCGUUUCAAGCAUUAAUCGCUAACAAGUUACCAACGGUCCCAGAAGAAAUUCAGCCGUCACAAAACGUCACUGGAUGGGGUUAUAUGGAUAGCCCCGAAGACACUAUGGAGAUGCCUCCUAUGCAACAAGUGUCCCAAUAUAGAGUUCCUCAAGCCGAAAUCCUCGAGACCCGCAAGCCAACUAUAACUCAACAAAGUUACGUGCAGCAACAGCAGUACUCCAGUAGUUCCAUUGCGUCGGUACAAUCUUAUUCAUCCGUCAUAUCCAAGAACGAUAUGGCAGCUAGCAAGGGAGCGACAUCCAGAAGCGGUUUGGCCUACAGCAAAUCUUCGGACGAUAUUUAUGCGAAUUAUUCACAACAAUCUCGAUCGGAUCAAGUCAUUAAUCGAGUUAUAAUAACCGAUGCAUCACAAACGCAGCGAGUACCGUCGCAGCAACAACAAGGCUCGCAAUCGAUGUUACCGGAGUAUUUGGAGUACAAAUUGGUGGCUUUGCCUCAGCAAAACCGAAAGCAAGGCUACGAGUUUUCCGUGAUGACGAGUCCGAGCGCGAAAUUCAACGGGCCGGUGUCUCAAGUGCAAUCGCAGUUGCAACCCUACGCCACUCUUUCGCAGUACGAUAAUCUUCCUCGUUCGAGCGACGAUAAGCCGAGAUCUAAGGGAGGGUCCAGAGGACGAGGUCGAUCCAGAUCGAAUACCAGGGAACCCUGUAAGAAACCCCCGCUCGUUUCGGCAGCUUCAGAUCCAUCCUUGUUGAAUUCUCAAAAUAGCGUUUUAUUGACUCAUUUAUUGGCUAAUAAUAAAAACCACUCGGGUGCCAUUUACACCCGUUCAGGCUCCUUAGAUAUGAUUCCCACUCAAGUGAGAAUCAAAGACGAAUCGAACGGUAACAACAGCCCGAUUUUAACCCAACCAUCUACGACUACUAUCAUAUUACCUGCCCCUGUUACCAUGUCCACAGUACAAUCUACAUCCACUGAACAAGUAAAUCUCUUACUGAAUUCGUACAGUAGCUCAAACAGCCCCAUCAGCCCCAUAAUGGAUCCGCUAUCUCAAAACAUCAAUUCACCAACGUCCUCCCAGGGCUCGGUGGGUUCCCCCGGCGGUGAGAGUUCCAGUUACCGCGACAGAAGGGCCGUGCAUAUACACGCCGAACAAAAGAGACGUUGCAACAUCAAAAAUGGCUUCGAUAUGAUCCAUUCGCUCAUACCGCACCUCAAUCAAAAUCCCAACGCCAAGCUAAGUAAGGCAGCUAUGUUACAAAAGGGAGCCGAAUACAUUCGGCAAUUGAGAGACGAGAGGGGCAAAUUGAAGGCUGAAAUGGAUUCUUUGCGACAGCAAAUCGAUACUCUGAAUUCCGCAAUCAGUGUAUUAUUUUCCAGUAAUUGUCAAUCUUUGUUACCGGCGACCGGUGCUCCCGUUUCCCGGAGAAACGACAGCAGAAUGCUGGAAAUGUAUGAAGAAUAUGUUCGAAUGCGCACCAUGGAAAAUUGGAAAUUUUGGAUCUUUGGUUUGAUAUUUAAAUCGUUAUUGAAUUCAUUCAACAACUUUGUGUCUAGUUCGAGUCUAGAUGAUCUUUAUAGGUCAACAUUACUGUGGACUGAACAGUAUUGCUCACUCGUAGAUCUCAGGCCAGUGGUGCUUAACUCGUUGAAAUAUUUGUGCACAACAACGGAUGUUUUAACGAAACCGGAGAGGUUACCAGAUGAAACUCAACAACUAGCUCAAAAGAAAGGCUCGUUAAACAAUUUUAAUUUAUAACCAACUUAUAUGUUGUUCGUUUUAUUUGUGGUUUUUGCAAUAAUCUCUAAAAAUUCUACAGAUUAUGCGAAUAAGACUCAUUGUUUUCUACUUUUGUAACUUAAUAAUUCGAUUUUUUUAUGGAGUUCGCAACGAAUUGGUCUCAUUUAACAAAUUUCUCCGGAAGAUAUUUUAUUAGUUAGAUGUUAUUUGAAAAUGUCUUUAAUUACUAAUUUAAUUCCGAUUGAAACGGUUCACUAUACAUUAUAAUUUAAUGCCCUUUAAGUACAAUUGUUUUAAUAUUUAAUUAAAUUCGUUGUAUAAGUGUUUUGUAACUGCAAUUAUCUUUUAAGUUUUCUAUUAAGUGCCUUACUAGGAGUACGUGAUAAUUUUUGUGUUUGUAAAAAUAUGCAUUUUUACUUAUAUAUGUAAAAAGGUACUUACACAGUUUACCAUCAUUUCAUAAUUAAACUACAUUAAUGUAUAUUCAAACUUCAUUGUGAAAGCGGUGUUCAAGUAUAAAAUUAAUUUUGUUUUAAUUAAUCUCGGGCUACUAUACUUUGUCCUUAUACCUAUGCAUAUAUUAUAUAUAAUAUGUAAGUGAUGUAUAAUACUAUACACAUAUUUGUAUAAUAUUUAUAUUGAAUGUUUUUGUUUAU